GGCGGGAGUUCGGAGCGUGUCUCUGAGCGCAGCAUCUCCAUCGAUCCCACAAGUCUCUUUGAUGAAGGCUACCCAGAAGGAGGCUUAGAAGCAUGGCUGGUCGUGCUGGGCUCUUUCUGCGGAAUGUUUGUAGCUUUUGGGAUAAUGAAUUCUAUGGGUAUCUUCCAGGCCUAUAUCGCCGAGCACCAACUCUCCCAUUAUGACGAAAGCACCAUUGGAUGGAUUUUUUCUACGUACACGUUUCUGGUCUUCUUCUGUGGCAUCCAAGUUGGACCGAUCUUCGACGCUUAUGGACCAAAACUGCUGGUUUUGGCCGGAAACAUCCUCCUCGUUGCAACUAUGUUUCUCCUUGGGCUCUGUAAAGAAUAUUAUCAGUUUAUCAUAGUUUUUGGUAUACUAGGUGGCGCCGGGACGUCUCUUCUUUACACGCCUUCUAUUGCCAGCGUUGGUCAUUUUUUCUCUCGGAGACGUGGGCUAGCCACCGGCAUUGCUGCCGGCGGUGGCAGCAUCGGCGGCAUCGCCUUCUCGCUCAUGCUCCAAUCUCUCCUCCCCCGCCUUGGCUUCGCGUGGUCCACGCGUAUACUCGGGUUUGUGUUUAUCUUCCUGGGCGGCAUCGCACAGCUACUCAUUCACCCUCAACUUCCGCCUCGGCCCGGAGCCAGUAUACUACCAGACUUUAAAAUCUUCAAGGAUCCAGCGUUUGCAAUACUCACCGCCGGUGUAUGUUUUGUAGAAUGGGGACUUUUCACGCCGCUCACAUACAUCCCAUCAUUCGCAUCAUCUACUGGCGCCUUCGACACGGCUUUCGCAUACCAGCUCAUCGCUAUUCUAAACGCCGGUUCGAGCAUUGGUCGUUGGGGUGCUGGAUACGCCUCGGAUCGCAUCGGCCGAUUCAACUGCCUUACUAUCACGCUUCUCUUAUGCUUUACCAUCACGAUCGGGGUGUGGCUACCGGCAACACUCUUAGCGCCCUCCACUGACAAUACCGCGCUUGUCUCCAUCAAAGCACUUACCGUAACCUACUCACUACUGUUUGGCAUCGCAUCGGGCGCGAAUAUCUCGCUUACGCCUGUAUGUGUUGGCCAACUCUGUGAAACUCGGCGAUACGGCUGCUUCUACGCUACUUGUUACACCGUCGUGAGCAUGUGGACACUGCCAGGCAUCCCAAUUGCAGGCGCUUUACUCGAAAAAUCAAAAGGCCGGUACUGGAGUGUCGCCUCAUUUACGGCAGCGGCGUAUGCUUGUGCCGUUGUUGGUAUUCUAUCGGCACGGGUGUUGAAGGUCGGUUGGAAGGUUGGAGUCAAGUUUUAGACAGAUGGGGCAAUGAGAGUUUCAUUCGAGUUCUUCGAAGAUCCCUUUCAUUAAAACAAGAGAUCAUUUUUUUUUUUUUUUUUUUUUUUU